GUUCUGUUAACUCACACAAUACUCGGGCAUGAUUUCCUCUUAAAUCUCAUCAAACAAAGGUAACAGUACUUACAAUACAAAUAUGAUUACGAUAGUCAAACCAAAUUCGUAUUUGCACGCAGCUGCAAGGAAUGGAAGAGCUUAUCCCAAAAUGCAAUAUUCUUGCCGAGAACCACCAAAUCAUGCCUUGUAAGCCUCUGCAACACGUCAACUAAUUUGAUCGCUACAGCUUCUUUGUUGUUGUUAUCGGAACAUUCCAAUACUUGUGCAAAUGAACCUGUAAGAAUACAAUCCAUUGGACGCUAAAAUUACUAAUCUUCUCCAAACGAUAUACUAAUCGUAAGGAUUAUAUAAACAUAUAAGCAAAAGAGGUGCGUAUAUCUAGUUUAUAUACACACCUCUUUUGCUAAACUCUAGUUUAAACUCUAAAUCCGGUUUAGCCGCCAUGACGUGUGUAUACGUGUGCAUGAUGCAUGCAGUGUACACUUCCAAUACAUGAUACGUAUACAUCUAUAGCCUAUAGGGUACAAAGAGUGCUAGCUAAAGUGUAGUUAUCAGAUUUUGAUUUUUGAGAAUGCAGUCAUUUGACUUUUAGUUUUGACUUUAGAAGCCAUGGUCAAAUAAAAAAUCACGGGGUUACUUACUAAUUUAGAAGCCAACAACAAAAUAAUAACAAUGUGCAACUAAUUACCACCGAUACUAAAGUUAUUUUUAGGUGAUUACAUAUUGGACGCAAUUGCAAGAGACUUUUACGUUCUGUUUAGCAUGUUGUGCUUAGUCAAACCAGUAAUGCUGCUUAAUAUAAUUGAAUACCAAAGUCAAAAUCUCUGAAACCUUCUUUAAUUUUGCUUAUAAAAUACUCCAUAAUCUUCAUAACUAAGAUUCUCUUACAAUAGUCAGCUGCUUUUCUUUUCAUAUUCCUACAUAAACCAACCAAAACCUAUACUUAUUCGUUCUAUCUUGCUCUUUGCUCUUCUCGGGAGACACUCAACCGAUAAAAACAUGAAGAGAGACCGUUCAGAUUACGAAGAUUUCAUCACGCAUAUAGACAUGAUAAAAACUCUAACGAUGUCAUCUCAUAGUUUUGUGGUCAAGCAAAUCGAAUCUACCGGAAGCAAAAUCAACGGUAACCGCUUUGAAUGCAAAACGUGUAACCGGAAAUUUGAUUCGUUCCAAGCUCUCGGAGGUCAUAGAGCCAGCCACAAGAAACCUAAGCUGAUGAGUGUUGAGCAAGAACAAGCCAAGCAUCGGAACAAUGAGAAUGAUGUGCAUAAGUGUUCAAUCUGCAGUCAAAUGUUUGGGACCGGUCAAGCUCUAGGCGGUCACAUUAGAAGGCACAGGGCGAGCAUGAUAAAUGAACAAUCGGUUAUCUCUUCUAAGGUAUAUACCAGUCCGGUUAAUGAUCAAUGCCAGAGCAGCAAGAGGGUUAUGCGCUUGGACCUGAAUCUAACUCCCUUGGAGAAUGAUCUUUUAAACAUCUUUGCGAAGAAUUUGGCUCCACAUAUUGAUUUGAAGUUUGUAAACUAGUUUUAGUGUAAGCAUAUACAAAUCCUAUUAGUAAUUUAGUUGUGAUUUCUCUUGCUAAAUA